AUGGGAAUUAAAACCUUGCUUCCUUUUCUGAAAGACGUCACUGAAAACAGCUAUUUAGACAGUUUUAAAGGUCUCGUGGCGGCCGUAGAUGCGUCUUGUUGGUUACACAAGGCCAUUGCGAUCAGUUAUUCGCAAUUCGGAGACGAUCGAAGGUGAGAACUUUUAAUAUGAAAGUUUUACUAUGUCUUAAUUUGUAUUGCAUUUUAACUAAUGUUUUUACUUCUUAGAGUGAAGGAGAUCUGCAAUUCUUAUCUGGAUCUACUGGAAAGGAAUAAAAUUCGACCGUUGGUCGUGUUCGACGGAUUGCCGCUACCGGGCAAGGACAGAGAGCGUGAUAACAGAGCAAUGUGAGAGAAUUUUUUUGCAUUGACAGUUGAAGCUCAGUUCAAAUAUUUAAGCCUUUUUGUCUAAUUUUCUUUAGUAGAAAUGAUUUUUUUUUUUCAGCAGACAUUGAUCUCCCAUAAAUCUUCUUCCUUUAGGCAAAGAAAACAACAACAGCAAAAAGCUGACCAACUUCGGCGCAGUGGAAAGGUGACUGAGGCAAGAAACGCUUUGGCUGCAGCUGCAGAAAUUAACCACGAUCUCGUCUGUGGGUUUAUUCAAGUAAGUCUAAGUCUCAAUUUUGGCAUAAAGUUUAUCAUUUCAGUAAGCUUAAAAUACAUUUUUUUCUAGACUUCUUAAUAAUUAAAUAUUGUAUUGUUUUUAAUUAAAAAUUGAAUGACCUCGUUAAGAUAAUUUUUUAUUCUUUUCAUUUAUAGACUUGCCGACAAAAGUCUAUUGAUUAUGUGGUAGCUCCGUACGAGGCUGAUGCAGAGAUAGCAUUACUUUAUGAGCAUGGCUAUGUAGAUAUUGCAAUCUCAGAGGAUUCCGACCUUCUUGCUUAUGGAUGCCAAAAGGUACAUUGAAUAACCCAUACAAUUUAUCAUCCAAAUGCUUAUUCAAAGCCUGGCUGUGUUUACUUGAUUUUCAACAGAAUGAACUAUGUUUAUAGUUUUAGUCCUUUUAUAUCGUAACUAUUAAUUUCAUAAACUAGAACCCAAUUGCAAAUAGCAGCAGAUCUCUGAACACUUUAAAGGUUUUACUGAAAAAAAAAAAUUUAGAGGCUUUCUGUAAUUUUUAAUCAUUUUCUUAUUCUUUUUAUUGUCAUUAGGUUCUUUUUUUCGAUUAUACAAUUUUAUUAAUUUGUACAAGUAUCAAUUUGAAAUUAGUAGCACUUAGAAUUAGUUAUAAAUUGUAUACAUUUUUAUUUUUAUGAACUCAAUGUUUUGCGCAGGCGAUCAUACAGGUAUACUCAUGAAGCCUGUGCAAUAUAAAUGCAUAUACUAUUAUUACUAUUACCUUUGGUUUUCUCCGUUGAACACAAAAGACCAUGAAUAAAAAUAAGGAAGGGUUUUCCUGAACACCCCUAAUUUCCCUAUCUAUCUAUAGGUUUUGUUCAAGUUGCGACUCGAUGGUGUGUGUGAAGUAAUCGAGUUAGGAAAGGUGUUGCAACAUUUGUCACUGACACAGGAAGAAUUCCUGGACAUGUGCAUUGUUGCAGGUUGUGACUACUUAGAAAAUGUACGUGGCAUUGGUAUCCAUACUGCCCACAAGCUCGUGACAAAAAAAAAAACAGAUUUCUUAGCUGUUUUACAGAGAAAUCGAUUUGCCCCGUCAGACUACAGUAGUGGAUUUCAAAGGGCCAAGGCAAUAUUUCGUCACCAGACAGUGAUUAAUCCUAUAAAUGCAGAAACCAUGCCACUUACGCCUUGGGGACAAACACCAGAUAAGGAAGCUUUUUCUGAACCCUUGUGGAAUGUAUCCAAUUUAAGUAAUUAUAAUUACUCACUAUAAGUGCUCUUGCUCACUGUUUUUUAUCUGCUAUGAUUGUCUGGGCGAGAGAAUUUCUUAUUCUAAAAGAAUUUCUUAUUCUAAAAAAAUAUUUUCAUAAACGAAAUUAAGUAUUUAAAAAGUAGCCUGAGAAUUUUUGCUGUAUGGCAUUCACAUGGAAUAAUUUACAAUAAUUGGAUUUGAAUUGAUGGUGUGCUGAAAACUGUGUAAAAUCAGAUAGUCAGUUGUUGUACAGUUUCAUUAGAGUGAUUUUCAUGAGACCGUGAAACAGUAUCUAGCAAUUAAUCAAAAUUAGCCAAAAUUAGCUAAAACAAUGAAAACAAUGAAAGAAAGAAAACAUGGAAUUAAUGUCUAAUAGUGUGUACUAGUGCCUACUAACUUAGUAACUGUUUCACGGUCUUUUGAAAAUCAUUUUAUGCAUUUUAAAAAACUAGCUUUUCAAAGAUAGAAAAUAAUCCAUUUAUUGUGUUUUGUUGAUUACUUAAUAUCAUAUUAGCCUUCUCUCAAAUGA